ACUAAUGCACACUCUGCGCAGCGUACGAGCGCCGCCAGCUGCCUCUCCCACAGCUUCAUCAAGAACAGCAGCCCGUUCCUUCCCACCUCCAGCCUCGCGAAUCGCGCGAUCCGACCAUCCGGUCGUCCGUCCGGUCCUCGAGGCGUCUCCGGUGGGUUUGGUAUGCCCGGAGAAUCCGGCGGUGCUUCUUCCUGCUACCAGCAGGGCGGGCGGCGCCUCUGGGGGCUUCUUGGUGGUGAUUGCCCUCCCGUUUCUCCCGUGCAAAUUGUGCUUGUUUAGGUGCGCCAAGACUGACAAGACAAGAGGAGGCAAUUUUGUUGCGUCUACCGUGGGAAUUGGGUGAUUCUUGGUGUGCAGUGGUAGGCAAGACAGGGAAGACAACCACAUCCUCGCGCACGGCGUGCUCGGGCCAUUUUGGAGUGGGGGAGGACGAAUAAUCACGGGAGCAAGCCCCGGAGGGAGAUGAAGGAUGUGGCCGUGGCUGGAGAGGAUUGCGUCCGCGUGCUGGGACCGGGUCCGGAGGUACGGGCUUACGAGGAAGGGUGAGGACGACGGCGGGGACGGCGGCGAGGGCGACGCCGGCGCCGUCGACGAGCUGCUGUGGUCGCGGGACCUCGCGCGGCACGCGGCGGGCGAGUUCUCCUUCGCCGUCGUGCAGGCCAACGACGUGCUGGAGGAUCAAAGCCAGGUGGAGACGGCCGCCGCCGCCACCUUCGUCGGCGUCUACGACGGCCACGGGGGCGCCGAGGCGUCCCGCUUCAUCUCUAACCACCUUUCUGCGCACAUCGUCCGUCUUGCACAGGAACAUGGAACCAUGUCUGAGGAUGUUGUUCGAAAGGCCUUUUCUGCUACAGAGGAAGGCUUCCUGUCACUUGUGCGCAGGACGCAUUUGAUAAAACCUGCUAUGGCUACUAUUGGAUCUUGCUGUCUGGUUGGUAUCAUAUGGAGAGGGACACUCUACCUGGCCAAUCUUGGUGAUUCUCGGGCGGUUGUGGGUUGUUUGAAUGGGUCAAACAGGAUUGUUGCUGAGCAGUUAACAAGAGACCAUAAUGCUAGCAUGGAAGAGAUUAGGCAGGAGCUUAGGACUCUUCAUCCUGAUGAUUCGCAAAUCGUUGUUCUUAAGAAUGGUGUUUGGCGCAUAAAAGGCAUCAUACAGGUUUCAAGGUCUAUAGGUGAUGCAUACUUGAAGAAGCGAGAAUUCGCUGCUGAUCCAUCCACAGCUCGUUUCCACCUCUCGGAACCUCUACGCCGGCCUGUUCUGACGUCAGAGCCAUCUGUAUGUUCAAGAGUUCUUAGUUCACAAGACCGUUUUUUGAUCUUUGCAUCGGAUGGAUUAUGGGAGCACCUCUCAAACCAGCAAGCUGUUGAAAUGGUCCACAAUAAUCCACGAGAAGGUAUUGCAAGGAGAUUAGUACAAGCAGCUCUAAAAGAAGCUGCAAGAAAGAGGGAAAUGAGGUAUGGUGAUAUUAAGAAGCUCGAUAAAGGAGUCCGGCGCUACAUCCACGAUGACAUAACAGUUGUUGUUGUCUUCGUCGAUCAUGAACUGCGAUCGGAAGAUUCCGCCUCAACCUCUGUUCCUGAACUCUCAGUUCGUGGGUUUAUUGAUGCAGGGGGGCGCUCCAGCUUUUCAGGGAUGAAUGACAUUACUUGAUACAGUAACCUUAUGUUGUCUAAAUACCUGUCAUUUUGAUGUAAACAUUAGAUCAAACUGUCCUUCUGUAGUUUUCUUAUUCUGUUGCUGCAUAGCACAUAGCACUACAACUUUGGUUCUAUUAACAUCUAGCGACAUCGGAAUCACGAUUCGUUUCGGCAAUGUCUGGCUAUGCUGUUUCUCGUUCUCCUGAAGAACAAGUUUCAGAUUGGUAAAGAUAUAUAGGAUAUUGCCAACUAAUAUUUUGGUGAGAUGCUGAUCAGCUGAAGCUGGGGCUUGCAGAUGAAUUUAUAUGGGAGGUAAAACACGACUAGCAUGUCUGUUUGUUUGCUCGCCCGUCAAUUUGUCACUGGGAUAAAUCCUUAUGUCUGUCUAGUCUUCAGA